GUUUAGUUUGGRCGGGCUGCAGUCGGAAGGUCAGCACAGCAGCUAACGUCAAAGUCAGGAGGAAGGAGAACUCUUCUUCUUCUGGCCUCUCAGCUGUGCUCAGUGUCUCUGGUGACGCAGCGCCGCUUGAUGGUGAGACCAGGAGCAGCUGUGGUUACACAGGGCUGGUUUGGUGCCUUGCUCAGAGGCAACAUGGCUUCAGGUGGAGCAGACGGACAGGAUGGAGGUGUUCCUGGUGAUGUGAACGUGCUCCUGCAAGGUUUUAUCAGAAGAUGUCAGAGAUGUUAAAAAAGACUUUUUACAACUUGAAAAGCUCAGGAAGUCCCUCACGGUGCCUUCCUGUGCUGAAAGCCAAAGCAACAUUUCUGAGGGGGUGUGUGACCUCCAGGACCAGGAGGGGGCGACAGAGAGCAGCAUGGAAGAACACCUGCAGGUGGAAAUGAUUGAAGGGAAGCCAUCAGUUCAGACAGAAGUCAGGCAGCUGACACUGCAGGUGUGCACCGUACAGGACUGUGAGGACAGGAUGUCAGAGUUGGCUGCCAGAGAUAAUGACCUGCAGAGGACGACYCAGACACAGGAAACUGCUGCUGCAGGUGUCAGUUCACCUGUCGGAGCAGUUUGGACUGACCUCAGCAGGUCAGGUGUACCUGAGGAGCAGCAGCAGUGGAGCCGGACUGAGACCAGGUCACUCAGCCAGCCUCACAUGCCACAACACAUGGACCCUGAGAGGACAGCACCUGGCUCACCUGCCCACCUGGGACCUGCACAGGUGACAGGGGGACUCCCAGAGUCCUGCAGACCCGGGUCCACCAUGCAGGUUUGGUCUGACGUUCAGGACUGGCUUAAAGAAAAUAACAUAAAUCUGGACCUGGUCCAACAGUACCACCUGCAGAGGAACAUCCAGCUGGACCUGGUCCAACAGUACCACCUGCAGAGGAACAUCCAGCUGGACCUGGUCCAACAGAACCACCUGCAGAGGAACAUCCAGCUGGACCUGGUCCAACAGAACCACCUGCAGAGGAACAUCUCCACAACCUUCCUGCAGGUUUUAUCAGCAGAGAAGGACAAAUCAAGCGUGUGUGAAAGGAGGCAGCAGAGCCGCAGACGGAGUCGUGAAAAGUUGCAACGACAAGUUUUAGAGUUUGAAAGCAGACGUUCAGAGCUGGCUGCAGAGCAGGUGACAUCAUUUGAUGAAUGUUCUGCUCAGCAGAGAAGAGUUGUGCUUUUGAAGGAAGAUCUUCAGAGGUUCAUUGGGACGAUGGAGGAGCUGGGGGCUGGGUGCCCCCUGCAGGGCUGCAGGGCUGCAGAGGAUGGUGAGCUGGGCGUCCUCUGGAGACGCUGGGUGUCGUUACGUAGAGCUGUGGGCCUCCUGGUGGUCCACACAGAGCAGAGAGGGGAGGAAUGGAAGGACAUCACCAGGAGUUUGGAGCAGGGUUGCAGCCACGUGGCCAGGCUGCAGGCGGAGCCUCCACACUGCUCCAGCUUCAGUCAGGAGGAACCUGAGGAGCAGCAGGCCUUGUUGUCCAUGGAGCACUGGCUGGAACACUCCCUCCACCUGUCGGCCCCCCACGAGUCCACCGGCCCCGGACCUGUUGGUCCGAAGUUAGUGGAGAUCCAGGAGAACGUCAGGAGCUUGAAGCAGAAGAACCUGCAGCUUCUGUCUGCAGCCGAGGCAGAGGAGCAGGAGACCCAGAAGAUCCAGCAGGACCUGGGAGAGCUGGAGAAAGUCCUGCUUCUUGUUCCACCACAGCUGGAAGCAGGUCCAGAUCCAAGCAGAACCCAGCAGCCGCAGCAACGUUCAUCCUGUCUGAAGCUGAAGUCCAUCAGUGACGGCUCACAGAGCAGACCUGAUGAAGCUCCUGCUGAUGUUGGACAGCAGCUAGAAGAAGUUCAGCUGUCUSUACAGGAAGCAGAAGAAGCGCAGCUGGUGGAGAGGAGCGGCCCGGUCUCGAAGCUGGAGGAUAAAGUGACAGCUCUCUGCUCUGCUCUGGACACAGUGACCGCUCUGCUGGAGCAGAGAAGCUCAACCCUGAGUGAAGCUCAGGAUGUCCUCAAGUGUGUGUGGGACCAGCUGGAUGUUUGGCACAGCAGCUUGAUUCUUCUGGACAGUGAAGUUCAGGACGUGGCAGAGGAGCAUCCAGACAAAGCCCAGGUUCUGAUGGAGCAGCUGACAGAACCACAGCAGCGGUACCAGAACGCAGCGCAGCGGGCCGAGCAGCGCACCGUCUUCCUCAGCAAAAUCCCUGCCUGUCUCCAGGAGCUGGAGGACCUGAGUCACAGAGCUGCCUGCUGGGUCUCUGAGGCCCACACCUGGCUCACUUCUCCCUGCUCCUUCACAACAGCUAAAAGUCUCCACAACCAUGCUAAAUACUUGAAGUUAAUCCAGAGUGACUCUGAGAGGAUCAGCCACACCCUGCAGGACUUCAGGUCCGUGUUGGCUGAGAUCUCCUGCGUGUGUGACGUCAGCACCCUGGAGGAGAGGCUGGACCAGAGCCAGCAGGAGGUCCACAGGAUGCAGAGCAGCAGCAUGGAGCCUCUGGACCACGUCCUGCAGGCUGCAGCUGUGGUGGGUCAGGCUGAAGCAGACCUGAAGAAGAUGGAGAAGAACAUCACAAAAAUCAGCAGCAUUUUAUCCUCGAUGGACGUCACACACAUCACCCUGCUGGAACACCUUCAGGACCGACAGGUGAUCCUGACCAGUCUGCAGUCCAUGAGGAGCAGCCUGCAGGAUGUAGACCACUGCAAACAGGACCUGCACCUCCCAGAAGGAGCAGAGAAACUUCUGGUGUUUUCCAGAGCAGCACAGCUCCUUCAGCUGCUGGAGGAGCUGGAACAAGUCACCAAGCAGCAGGUCUCACAGCUGGAG